CCACCACAAUGUAUAAAGGCACAAUCGCUGCUCUCUCACCUUGUCACUCUCCGGCACUCUUGACAAGCAUGGGGGCGUUAUUCUGGACUCUCUGUCUGUGCUUGACUCUGUCUCUGUCUUUCGGCGAUCACAGCCAUCCUGACGUAAAACACGAGAGCAGCCAUGACAAAGAUCAUAAAGAUCAUCCGGAAGUCCCAGACCGCUGCAAGGGUGUAGAAUUUGAUGCCAUCACCCUGGACAACAAAGGAACAAUGUUCUUCUUUAAAGGAAACCACUUAUGGAAGGGAUUUGAAGGCAAAGUAGCAUUUCUUAACGAAUCUUUCCCAGAAGUCAACCAAGACAUUGAUGCAGCAUUUAGAAUUCACUACAAAGAUAAACCAGAAACCCAUGACCGAACAUUCAUCUUCAAGGGGAGCCAAGUAUGGAGUUACCACAACUUAGCCCUGGAAGCUGGCUUCCCCAAACUAAUUCAAGAUGAAUUCCCAGGAAUCCCUGAUGAUCUGGAUGCUGCUGUGGAGUGCCCAGCCAGAGAGUGCCUUACAGACUCAGUGAUCUUCUUCAAAGAUUCUCAUGUGUACCAUUAUGAUCUCCUCACAAAAGCUGUGAAAAAGAGAGAUUGGCCAAAUGUUGGGAACUGCACUUCAGCACUUCGCUGGCUGGAGCGUUAUUAUUGUUUCCAUGGCUUCAAUUUUUAUCGUUUCCAUCCAGUCACUGGACAAUCAAAUUUUUCUGAACCUCUAGACAGCCGUGAUUACUUUAUGAAGUGCCCUGGCAGAGGCCACGGCAACCACAGCAGAAGGGCUAUGAUGGAUCCAUGCAGCAACCUCCCCUUUGAUGAGUUCACUUCUGAUGAUGAAGGAAAAACAUAUGCUUUCCGACAAAAUGUUUUCCUGCGUCUGGAUUCCAAAAGAGAUGGCUGGCAUGCUUGGCCUAUCAAACAUAACUGGAAGGAAGUGGAAGGAACACCCGACGCAGUCUUCAGUUGGGACCACAAGAUGUAUUUUAUCCAGGGGGACCAAAUUUACAUCUACAAGUCGGAGCAGCAUUACAAUCUUGUGGAGGGAUACCCUAAAUCACUGGAAUCAGAGCUAGGAAUACAGGGGCCAGUGGAUGCUGCCUUCAAUUGUCCAAAUUCAGGAGUGGUGCACCUCAUUAAAGGAAACACAAUGUUUGAUGUGGCUUUGCUGCAGACUCCACGUACAGUUGUCAAGACGUGGCAUCUCCCAUUUUCCCAUGUGGAUGGAGCAAUGUGUGGAUCUGAUGGGAUCAAGGUAUUCAUUGGAACCAAGUACCAUAAAUAUGACUCUGUCAUGUUAUUGGCCAUGUCCAGAAUACAGCCCAUAGACCACGACAUUGCUACUGAACUCAUGGGUUGUUCUCCUAAAGAUCCACACAAAGAACAUCAUGCGUAAGGGGAAUGCACUGUUUGUGACCCUGAGAGAAAAUCAAUAAAAAAAAUUUGAAUUGUUA